AUGGCAUCACCAUUGACAAAAGCUGAAAUCGAACGAAUAGUUUCUUCGGCUUUUGAUGAUGCUUUUAAAUUACUAGAGGAUAAUGAUACAUCAUCAGAUUUUGAUGAUCUUGAUAUACAUGAAGAAUUAGAAGAUGAUGAAAAUAAUUUAACAUUUGGCAAUGCAGCUGAUAAUGAUGAAGAAUUAAUCAAUGCUGUUGAUGACGAUAAUGAAGAUAAUGUUAGUUAUGUCGAUGAAAAUGAUAAUUCAGAUGGCAAUGAAGAAAAUGAUGAUUAUCAAUCAAUUGAUCUUCAAGAUAUUCGUGCUUCAAUUCGAAAAUUAAUUGAUCGAAUGCGUGCUUUUAUUAACAACAUUAAUUCUACACAUGCUGUUACCGAUUAUGUACAACAGCGAGAAAAAAUCCAUGAUCCACCAAUUAUAGCUGCACUUAUAACAGAUAUCGAAAUUCGUUAG